AUGGUUGCUCGGAAUCUUUUACGGGCCAUGACUUUCGCUGCGGCGGUUUUGAAUAUCACGGUUUUAGACUCGAGUGGCGUGACACGAAGACUUGGUGAAACAGCAACUGUAGCUGCUUCAGCUUCUUUGUCGACGACAUUAGACAAGUCGACAGUGUCAAGAACUUUAACAGAUCUAGCGGUUAUGGAACCGAAUGAGGCUGGUACGGUGAAGUAUAACGCAGACGUCUCCGAUGAUGCAGGCGACAAAAGCAAGCAAACAAAAGGCAAAUAUGCUGCCUCCGAAACCGAAAAGGGGGCUGUUUCCACCAGCGGCGAUUCCAGCACGAAGAAGAAGGGUGAUGCAUUGUCCUCUAGUGUUAAAGUCAAACCAAAGGACAAGAGUGAUGAAGAUGACGACGAUGAUGAUAACGUGACCGCCAAAAUGACAAAGGACAAGCGAGAGGCAGCGAAAGAAGCUCGCCACAAAGCACAACAAGAGCGAAAGGCCAAGCGUGCGGCUCAGAAGCAAGAAUGGCGUAUUAUUAGAGAACAGCAGAAAGCCGAAAGGAAGGCAGCACAAGAGAGGGUAAAAUCAGACACUAGCGCCAUUCAAGCAGCUGCCGGCUUUGUUGGCAACUCGACCAAGACGGCGCCAUAA